GAAAAAUUAAAUUCAAAUACGUAUUAAAUAUUAAUUGCUUUAAUCCUUUGGUUUUUAUUGGAAAAACCAAUUCAUUGUUCUCAUAUUCAGCCUGUUAUAGAUCAUAUAAACCAUACAAAACAUAGUCCUCAGAACUUUGCACUAAUAUCUAGAGACCUCGCUAUCCACUACAGUGAAAUCAGUGACUAUUCAGAACCACCAGACAUGGAUGCCCAAUUAACUUGUAAGUCUAACCAGAAAGAAGUGGUGUAUAACUUUGAUGAGAUGGGUUUGAAAGCAGAGUUAUUGCGUGGUAUUUAUGUAUAUGGUUUUGAAAAGCCAUCAGCUAUUCAACAGCGCACCAUUUUGCCAUGUAUCAAUGGUCAUGAUGUUAUUGUUCAGGCUCAAUCUGGGACUGGGAAGACAACUUCUGUUUUGAUUUCCAUUCUCCAAAAUACUGUCACAAGUUUGAACGAGUGUCAAGCACUCAUUUUGGUACCAUCACGUAAAUUGGCUCAACAGAUUGAAAAGGUGAUUAUGGCUUUUGGUGACUUUAUGAAAAUAGAUUGUCAUGCUUGGAUUGGUGGAAAAAAUAUUUGUAAUAAUAUACGUAAGCUAGAUAGUUUUCCCCAUGUAGUAGUUGGCACUCCUGGCUGUGUGUCUGCUUUAAUUGCUAAAAAGACAUUAAAAACUCAAUUUAUCAAGACAAUUGUGUUAGACGAAGCUGAUAGACUAUUGACUAGUGACAAAGUUGAAAUAAAAAAUUUGUUUAAGUUUUUUAAAGAAGAUAUUCAAGUCAUUUUGUUAUCUAAACUAAUGUCUCAGGAUGUUUUGGACAAGAGCACUCACAUUGUGAAUAGUCCUUUACACAUUCUUGAACAGAAUGAAGAACUGGAAUUGGAUGCUAUUAAACAGUUUUACAUCAAGCUUACAAAUAAAAAUGAGGCAAUAAUUAGAAAACAUAGUGAAAUUAAUGAUUACUCAGGAUCACUCAGUAUAAAUAUUGGUGGAAGAAUUAAGUCUGACUGGAAGGAAGUGGUGGAAAACUUUCAUGACAUGAAUUUAAAAGAAGAGUUGUUGAGUGGCAUCUAUGGAUAUGGUUUUGAAAAGCCAUCUGCUAUUCAAAAGCAUGCCAUUUUGCCAUGCAUCAAUGGGCAUGAUGUCAUUGUUCAGGCUCAAUAUGGUACUGGUAAAACAACUUCUGUUUUGAUAUCUAUUCUUCAACAAAUUGAUCCAAGUUUAAACAAGUGCCAAGCACUCAUUUUGGUUCCGACCCGUGAUUUGGCUCUUCAGAUUCAAAAAAUGCUUAUUGCUUUGGGUGAAUUCUUGAAAGCAAACUGUCAUGCUUGUAUUGGUGGGACAGACAUUCAUGAUGAUAGUCGUGAAUUGCAAAUGGGACCCCAUGUAGUGGUUGGCACUCUUGGGCGUGUUUAUGAUAUGAUAGCUAGAAACUCGCUACAAACUAAAUUUAUCAAGACAUUUGUGUUAGACAAAGCUGAUAAAUUAUUGCUUGAUCUUGGUUUCAAAGAUAAAAUUAGAGUUAUAUUUAAGUACUUCAAAGAAGAUGUUCAGAUAAUUUUGUUGUCCGUUCCAAUGCCCAAGGAUACUUUGGAUAUGAACACUCAUUUCUUGCGUAAUCCUGUAUGUAUUUUUAUGAAAAAAGAAGAACUAAUAUUAGAAGGUAUAAAACAUUUUUUUAUCUACUUCACCGACAUAAAAUGGGUAUUUGACACUUUAUGUAGUUUGUGUAAUACUCUAAAUAUCACCCAGGUUGUGAUAUUUUGCAAUACGUAUCAUAAGGUUGAGUCAUUGACUAAUAAUAUGCGUUUAAAAGCAUUCAAUGUAUCGAUUAUGCAUGAAAGAAUGGAUCAAAUUCAACGUCAGAGUACUUUGUAUAAUUUCUGUUCUGGUACUAGUCCUGUACUAAUCACCACUCAUUUAUUGGCUCAAACCAUUGAUGUACAAGUGUCUUCGGUUAUCAACUAUGAUUUGCCGCCCAAUCAUGAACAUUUUAUUCGCUGGAUUGAUCGUUCAUUCUGUUUUGAUCGUAAGGGAGUUGUCGUUAAUUUCAUCACUAAAGACAACAGACUAGCAAUGAGUGCUAUUCGACCUUUUUUCAACACUCAUGUGAUUAAGAUAAAAAAUCCAAUUCAUACUUCUCUUAUUCAGCCAAUUGCUGACUAUAUGAACCAAACUUCUUCACAACCUGCACCAAUACCCAAAGAACCUCCUAUUCAUAACAGUGAUGGUGCUCAACUAGCAACAAAUCAUUGUAACAUAAGUUGUGAUAACCAGCCAGAUCGGUUAGAUGAAUAUUGUAGAAAUGAUGAUUCGAGUAGUGGAGAUAGUAAUAGAUAUGUUCAUACAUCAAACAAUUCAUACAAAAUUGAGUAAUUAAAAACAAAAAAAAAAAAUGAUACAAUAAUUAGACUAAUGAAAAAUUUAAUAAACUUCUCACAA